ACAAUCGCGCGAUCGACCCGGCGUAGGGGGCGCAGGACUGUAGCCGCGCCGCCAUGGCAGGUAAUGGUCCACCACCAAAGCCAUGGGAGCGUGUAGGGACUUCAUCUGGUCCAGCGCCUUUCAAGCCCCCAUCUGGAGGCACCACUAGUGACGUUGUCGAGGCUUCUGGGACAGCGAAACCCGGGGAAGUUGUUUCUCCUGCAGAGAGCAAUGCUGGUUUCAGUGGGAAUAGUACAGUUUCAAGACCUUUGCCCCCACGUCCUUGGCAGCAGCAGCAACAAGGGUAUGGAAAUUCUUAUGGAGGUUAUGGUGCCACUACGUAUAAUUCAUAUGGUGGAUUUGGUGGGGCUUAUAGUAGCGGUGCCGGUGGGCUAUACGGAAAUAACAUGUAUUCAGGUUAUGGAGGAGGUUAUGGUGGCUCAUACGGUGGUUCUGGAAUGUAUGGUGGGUCGAUGUAUAAUAAUGGAAUGGGAAAUCCAUACGGUGGUAUGGGCAUGAGUCCUUACAAUCAGGGUCCUAAUUCAUUUGGCCCUCCAGCCCCACCCCCAGGUUUCUGGAUGUCCUUCUUACGAGUGCUGCAUGGAGCUGUGAAUUUCUCUGGGCGAGUUGCUUUCCUUCUCAGCCAGAACACUCAGGCAUUCCACAUGUUCAUCACAGCUCUUUUGCAGUUGUGUGAUAAGUCUGGAAUGCUUUAUAGCGAGCUUGUGAUAUUCGCUUUACAUUUGCUGGGGGUCAAAGCAAAACCAAAGAAGGGCAAACUUCAGGGUGCAGAAGCUCCAUCGUUGGAGAGGCCAGGCCAGCAAUUUGUGGAGGCACCAAAAGCUAACAAGAACUCAUGGGAGAAGGUCUGGAGUGGGGAUGGUAGGGGAAUAUAAGGUGCUAUAUAUGUGCAGUUACAGCGACAGCUUUUUUUUUUCAGACGAGGACGAUGAGUUUGCUUACAGCUACGGGGAGAAAAGAAAUCUGAUGGCUCCUGUUCAGAUGCAUUUUGCAUUUGAACUAGAGGGGAAGAAACCAAGUAAUCCCUAAUGCUGGUUGUAUAUACGGUGAUUCUUUUUCUUCCCUAGUAAUGUAUAUGUGCAGUGCUUACGGGGAGUUUGCUGCUUUGAGAAAUGUGAUCUUUUUUUUUUGCGGGAAGUGAGGAAUGUGAUCUGACUGUUAAAACAUGUGAGUUGGCAAUUUGUCUGUUUGUUGAGAAUAGAGUAAAUAUUACUGUCACCUUGUUCAGAUAAGUAGAUAAGAAUAUGCCUAUUUUCCUAUUUAUAUUGGCAAUUAUAAAAAAUCAGUCAAUUUCAUACAAA